AUGCCAUCUCGCCUCGUCGCUGCUCGUCUUGCGCGUCUCAACGCAGCUCGAGUGCAGUCCUCUACUGCUUCAUCUUCCAGCGUCGCACGCUUGAGCAUCCACUCACGCUCAGCCCACGCUCUUCCUACCUUCGCUUCCUUCGCUUCGGUAUCUUCAUCGCCUUUCGCUGUCAGGAUGAACUCGACCGCUGCAACUUCGCUCAACCCACAACCAGCUCCGCUCCGAGUACAGCCACCUACAGCUCAGCAGGAGCAGGCAGACUACGAUGCUGCUAUCAAGCAGGUCCAGGAGUGGUUCGACAGCCCACGUUUCAAGGGCAUCAAGCGACCUUACGGUCCUGAAGCCGUCGUAUCUAAACGUGGCUCGAUGCCCGUCCAGCCUCCUGCUUCCUCUCUCAUGGCCGACAAGCUCUUUGCUUUGCUUUCUGAACACGCCGCCAAAGGUACUCCAGCUCACACCAUGGGUGCCAUCGACCCUGUUCAACAAUCGCAGAUGGCCCACAACCAGGAGGUCGUCUACGUCUCAGGCUGGGCCUGCAGUUCCGUCUUGACCACUUGCAACAACGAGGUCGGACCCGAUCUUGCCGACUACCCUUACACUACCGUCCCCAACCAGGUCCAGCGUCUUUUCAAGGCGCAGCAGCACCACGAUCGAAAGCACUGGGAUGAGCGAUGUCAGCUCUCCGCAGAGCAGAAGGCAAAGACCCCGUGGGUCGACUACCUCCGACCCAUCAUCGCUGACGCCGACACUGGUCAUGGCGGUCUCAGCACCGUCUUCAAGCUCGCCAAGCUCUUUGCUGAGCAGGGUGCUGCUGGUAUCCAUCUCGAGGACCAGCUCCACGGUGGUAAGAAGUGUGGUCACCAGGCCGGCAAGGUCCUUGUUCCCACUUCGGAGCAUGUCAACCGUCUCACUGCUACCCGAUUCGCAUGGGACAUCCUUGGAUCGUCCAACAUCUUGAUUGCCCGUACCGACUCAGAAUCGGCCAAGCUCAUCUCAUCCAGCAUUGACGCCCGCGACCACGAAUUCAUCAAGGGUGCUUACAACUUGCCCGAGGGCACCAAAAGUCUUGCCGACACCCUCGCUGCCAAGGAGGCUGAGGGUGCUUCUGGACCAGGAGUUGACGCAGCAGAGAAGGCAUGGAUGGUCAAGUGCGAGCUGCUCACCUUCAAUGAAGCUGUUGCUAAGCACAAUGCUUUCAACAAGCAAGGUGUCGAGACCUACAACAAGAAGGUUGCCGACGGUGUCUCGAAUCGUGAGGCUCGUGCCAUUGCCAAGGAGGUAUUCGGCGCCGAGGGUGUCCCUGUAUGGAGCUGGGAUGCACCACGAACCAAGGAGGGCUACUACCACUUCAAGGGUGGUGUUGGGGCCGCCAUCAAGCGUGUCAAGAUAUUUGGUGCCUACGCUGACAUGCUCUGGCUCGAGACCAAGACACCCGAUCUCAAGCAGGCGCAGAUCUUUGCUGCCGACAUUCACAAGGACUUGCCAGGCAAGUGGCUCGUCUACAACCUGAGCCCAAGCUUCAACUGGAGUGCCCACGGCUACUCUGAUCAGGAUCUGAAAAACUUCGUUUGGGACCUGGCCAAAUCUGGUUUCGUCUUCCAGCUCAUUUCGCUCGCCGGUCUCCACUCGACAGGUGCUAUGACUUGCGAGCUCUCGCAACGAUUCAAGAACGACGGUAUGCUUGCUUACGUCGAGCUAGUACAGCGAAAGGAGAAGGAGAUUGGAUGUGACGUUCUCACUCACCAGAAGUGGUCAGGUGCUGCUUACGUCGACCGCAUGCUGCAAGCUGUUAGUUCGGGUAGCUCAGCGACUCAGGCAACGGGUGCUGACAGUACCGAGCGCUCCUUCUAG